CAGGAACUGGAACAGGAACAGGGACAACAACAGCGACAGGGACAGGGACGGGAAGGACACGUUGCUUUGGAAGAUUGACCGUCCCGCACUCAACUCUGAGAUUUCGUACGUGCGUGAGCUUUAGCCUUGCAAUUGUUCGUGUGCGUGUGCGUGCGCGGGAGGAGAGGAGCGGCGGCUCUUGUGUCUCUGACUCCUUGUCGAUUACUUGCUCCACCUGCGAUUUACAUAAUUUUUCCACGAACGAAGAGUCACCAUACCGUUUUAACAUAAGACUGAUGUAUUUUCUUCCAUGCUAAAGUAGGAAGAGAGAGUGACAGAGUGGAGAUGCCAAUCAAAUUUUUGCCAUAAUCUUGGUGAUGAUCCAAGUAUUUAAUCAAGAAAUCGUAUACAAUGCAUAUCUUUGGAGAGCUACGGUGGUUGUUUUGGAGGCACAUUGUUUAAGAACUUAAGUGUACUACAGUUGUAUUGAAAAUGCAAGCCAAAAAGCGUUAUCUCCUUGUAUUUGUAACCUGUGCUUUUCUUGGCUUUUGCUACUUUGGUGGCUUUCGUUUAAAAACAGUAAAAAGUUCGAGUAAAAAGAAAUUGCUCUAUGAUGAUCUACCUUCUUACUACGUCAUCGAUCCAAACUAUAAAGAAAACUAUGAAAAAUAUUUAAAAUCAUUAAAUAAUCAACCACCAACACCUCUUAAUUUAAAAAAGUGCGAUAUGCAUACAUGCUUCGAUUUUACAAAAUGCAAAGGGGGAUUUACUGUUUAUGUGUAUCCAGUGGAAGAUGCAAUCAGUCCAUUAUACCAAAAAAUAUUAAACGUCAUCACAGAGUCACGAUAUUACACAUCCGAUCCAUUGCGAGCCUGUUUAUUUGUUUUGGCUCUGGAUACGCUUGACAGAGAUCCUUUGUCGACUGAAUUUGUACAUAAUCUACCUACAAAACUCGCGCGAUUGCCAUAUUGGAAUAAUGGAAAAAAUCAUUUGAUUUUUAAUUUGUAUUCUGGCACUUGGCCUGAUUACAUAGAGGAUGCAAUGGCCUUUGAUUAUGGAUAUGCUAUGCUUGCAAAAGCGAGUAUGUCAAUUAUGAAAUUAAGAGAAGAUUUUGAUGUGUCUAUACCACUUUUUGGAAAGCAACAUUCUGAGCGAGGAGGCGAACCUGGACACGCCACUCAUAAUCAUUUCCCUAGUAAUAAAAGAUAUUUGGCUGCGUUUAAGGGAAAGAGGUAUGUCCAUGGGAUUGGAUCGGAGACCAGAAAUGCUCUCCAUCACUUGCAUAAUGGAAAAGAUCUCAUAUUUGUAACAACUUGUAGACAUGGUAAAUCAUGGAGAGAGCUGCAAGACGAACAUUGUCAACAAGAUAUUAGAGAGUACGAUAUGUAUGACUAUGAGAUUCUUUUGCUAAAUUCUACAUUUUGUCUUGUUCCCCGAGGGCGUAGACUUGGUAGCUUUCGAUUUUUAGAAGCCUUAAGAGCUGGAUGUAUUCCUGUUAUUUUAAGCAAUGGAUGGGCUCUUCCAUUUCAUGACCGCAUUGAUUGGUUUCAGGCAGUAAUUUUUGCUGACGAAAGACUUCUUUUUCAAGUUCCAGAUAUUCUUAGAUCAGUGGCGAACAUAAAAAUUUUGGCAUUACGACAGCAAACUCAGUUUUUGUGGGAACGAUACUUUUCUUCUAUAGAAAAGAUUAUCUUCACAACAUUUGAGAUUAUACGCGAACGUAUACCUUGGGAAGGUCGUAGGGAGUUACGUGUCUGGAAUCGAGAUCCAGGAGCAUUGGCUAUUUUACCAAAAUUUGCAGACAGUCAACAGGAACUUCCAUUUCAGGAUUGUAAUCCAGGCAAUACAUUUACUGCCAUAAUUUACUCUCAGCUGGGAUCUACGGCUGUUCUUUAUCGACUUCUGAAGAGCCUCACUAAGAGUAAAUACUUAGAUAAAAUCAUAUUAAUGUGGAACUCAGACAUUCCACUACCAAGAAAAUCACGCUGGCAAGGCAUCAAGGCAUCGAUCCAUGUAGUCCCUGCCACAGGAAUCUCUUAUAGAUUUCAUCCUCAUCCCUUGAUCAAAACUAGUGCCAUAUUAUCUUUAGACGAAGAUGUAACGCUGAAUACUGACGAAAUUGACUUUGCUUUUGUUGUUUGGAAGAGUUUUCCAGACCGAAUCAUCGGCUAUCCAGCUAGAUCUCAUUAUUGGGACGAUUCUAAGCGCUCAUGGGGUUAUACAAGCAAGUGGACAAAUGACUACAGUAUGGUGUUGACAGGGGCUGCCUUUUAUCAUCGUUACUAUAAUACUUUAUAUACCGAGACUUUGAGCUCAACUCUUCACAAAACUGUAGAGCAAUCUCAAAAUUGUGAAGAUAUUUUAAUGAAUUUUCUUGUGAGCCAUGUUACUCGUCGCCCUCCAAUUAAAGUAACGCAACGUAAAAUGUAUAAAGAUACAACAGCUGCUGGAAACAGAUCUCCAUGGAACGAUCCAGAUCAUUUUAUUCAGCGUCAAACCUGUAUGAAUACGUUUGUUGCCGUUUUUGGUUACAUGCCAUUGUUACGAUCGAACAUGAGACUGGACCCUGUACUGUUUAAGGACCCUGUAAGCAACUUGCGUAAAAAAUAUAGACAAAUUGAGCUAGUUACUAACUAGAAUUGUAUACAUUUUAUUAUUAAAUAUAUAUAUAUAUAUAUCCGGUUAUUCAAAAGGACGAUAACAAAAAUUUUGCUGGGUUGAGGUUGGGAUAAAUUUUUUAUGAUUCUAUGAUGUAUAAUUUUAUGGCUCUGCCAUUAAUUGGUAGUUUGGCAAAGUCCAAAAGUAUAUAAAAAAUGUAUAGGAAUUAUACGUACAUGUAUCUAUAAGCAUAUUAAGUACGUGUAUAUUGUAGUUACGAUAAGUUAAAUUAUCAAAUAUCCAUCACUUGCUCUUCGGAUCACUCGUGCCAUAUCAAUUUUCAUAUGCAAAUGAUUUUUUGUUUUUGUGGAUAACCUAUGCUGGCGAUUCACGUGAAUAAACAUUAGUUGCACAUAUUUAUAUACUUUGUAAACAAAUAAUUAUAAAUAUAUUUUUUUUACAUA